AUGGCUAAUGUUUCUAUCCAAGAACUCUCAGAUGAACUGGAUAUUUUUGGAACAGAUAUUGACGAAGAAGAGCUGUUAAAACUGCAGUCACUUUGCAGUUCUUACUGUGUUGAUGCCAACAGCAUGGUCAACCAAUGGAUGGCUUUCUCUACUUCCAGAAGAAUGGAAUUAAACAUGGAAAACCUUCAUAUUUUUGACAGAGAGUGGCUGCCCAAAAAGCUCCAAGCCUCUCAGGCCAAGACUCCACAACCGAAGCGAGUAAAAGUGUUUGACAAGGACACUAUUGACAUACUUCUGGAAGAUCAAAUAGAAGUUCUUGGAUCUUACGCAACACCAGACGCAAAGAGCCAAAUUGCUAAACGACAGCUUACCCCAGAAAAUUUGAACAAUUCUAAGAGGUUUAUUGGAGCCACAAGAAGUCCAUUGAUAAAUGCUGCGUUCUCUCCAGUAGUCGCUUCUCCUACAAGUUUGACGCCAUCAGCCAAGUUUUCAUCCAGGGGUAAUGCAGGUGACAUUGUGGUGAAAUUUGGCAACACUAAUGGAAUAUCCUGGCAAGGGGAGGGUCUUGGUUGUAAGGUCACACACUUUGAUCCAAAAACUGUGCUGACAUUCCAGACAAAAUAUAUGUUUCAGAAAAUGUCAGAGAAGGCAUAUGUGCUUAAUGAAGCCAUACAAGAGAUGUCAGCCGUGCUACAGAAUGCUCAUGGUCUGGAGGAAUUUUCUCAUGUAGCUCUGCCGUCACAGGAAUCAGUGACAGUUGCUGGCCGUAUAUGUUGUGAUAGCGUUGGGAAAAUCAACAGUCAGUCGGUGCAGCUGGAGGGGUCAAGGGAGACUUCAGCGGGAAAGUGUAUUAGUUUUGACCUUACAGAUUUAAACAACUAUAGCCUUUUUCCUGGCCAGAUAAUAGCCUGUGAAGGAGUCAAUAUAACAGGAAAGACAUUUGCAGUGAAGAAUAUUUAUCCAUCUGUUCCCUUGCCUUUUCCAGAAGUUGCAGACGAGCAGGAGAAUGUUGGUUUGCUGAGACUGAUUGUAGCUUGUGGUCCGUACUCCCCGAGCGACUGUCUGGAUUACUCUCCCUUAUGUGAUCUGGUGAAAUACAUCAGUAGAGACAAACCAGACUUGUGCAUUCUGAUGGGUCCUUUUGUGGAUGCAAAAAACACAGUAAUUAAUGGCGGUGAUAUAGAAGAGUCCUAUGAGGAGCUGUUCAUCAAACAGAUGAAUGAGAUUGGCAAGGCCACACAGCACCUGGGCUGUAAAGUGGUCAUCGUAUCAUCCAGCAGAGAUGCACACGUCUGCCACAGCGUGUACCCACAGCCACCUUUCCACAUACCCAGUCAUAACUCAGAUGGUUCAGAG